AUGGUUGCUGUCUACUGGAAGAUGUGUACUGGGAGUAGUCAAAUAAUUGAAGACAAUCAGUUGUUCAAGAACGAUAAAGUUGAUACACCUUUCUCAUCUGAAAGCAAAGCUGAAAAAUAUGCAUAUAUCUCUUUACCUUUUGCUUUGGGUCAACGUUCAUUGGCCGUGUCAAGUUGGUAA